UGAUGAUUUAGGCUUAACCUAGACCACUUCUCUAGCCCGGGGCUUCCAGAUCUUCAAACCCGAAAUAUUUCGCUGCUGAUACUGAUCAAUGUCUUGCUCAUGAAAUACUCACAUCUGAACCAAGCCGCAAUAGUAGAUGCCCUUCGCGGCCAAACACUACCAAUUCCUAAUCUUCAUAAUUUCUUCCGGGUUUGGCCUAAUCCUCAAGGUCAACUCAACCGCCAUCAUGAGCACGUUACGCCAAUCGUCAAUCGAGCGGUUGAGCGCAUGGCUAUGGCAUAUCCGUUGAUCGCCUUUCGAAAAAAGGACAACAUUGCUUCUCUGGCUUGUUCACUAUAUCCCCAAGCUCGUAGGCGGCAGAUCGAAGCUUUGACUCUCUAUACGACGUGGCUUGUUUGCUGGGAUGAUGCUGUUGAUGCUAACGAGGGCGAUCUGGCGGGUGACUUUAUGCGCGCAGAGCGUUGGAGGGGGCAGACUAUGCGCAUGGUGCGUGAGGCAUUGGCCGUUGACGAAAGGAAUACGAGUGAAGCGGAUGACGACCCCAUCAAUGGCGUGUUUAGAGAGUUCGGUGCGCGAUUCUGUCAGACGGCGCCGAGGGAUCAACGGCGCCUCUUACACGAUGAGAUCCAAUUCUUCAUCAACAGCUGCGCAGCUGAGCAGGAACUCCGUCUGGCCAGUCGCAUACCUGAUUAUGAGCCGUACAUGAAGAUGAGGAUCGGCACUGUCGGUGGGAGAAUGCUCUGCAGUCUUGUACCAUAUGCAACCGACGAGAGGCUUCCAGGAGCGUUAUUGUCAGCUCCAGAGAUCGUUCAUUUAUGGACACAAGUGAGCAUUCUCCAGAGCUUGAUGAAUGAUAUGCUGUCGCUGAAGAAGGAGUUGCGGACCGAUUGUGUCAUCAAUGCCGUUGCAGCCAUCAUGGAGCCUGGCAUGAGCUUGGAUGCUGUGGUUGCUAAGCUGGAAGAAAGGAUGAAAAUGGCAGUCAACAACUUCGAUGAUGCAGCGAAUAUGUUGCUUCGGAAGACUGAGUUUCAAGAACAAACACAUGCUAUCGUGAAGAGAUACGUUGAUGGGUGCCGUUCCAUCGUCACAGGCACACUUAGAUUCACAUUAACAUCACCCAGAUACAACAUACACAAACUCAUAGAAGAAGACGGGUCGUUAAAAAUUACACUCUAAUGUUACCUGAUUGACAAACCAAUCUAUACCCUAGACCAUAUCCAAACAUUCUAGUAAUCCCCGGAUCAAUGCAUGCAUAGGCAAAAGAAACGCUCACAAGAGUUCAAAGAUGUUGUUGCCGUUGGUUUUGAGACGACACCGCCUUCACAAGGUCUGUGAUGGUAACAAUCCGAUACCCCUGCCGUUUGAGUUCAGGAAGAACAGUGCGCAACAUGGGCACAGUCCAUGAUCUCCUGUCGUGACAGAUAAUGAUAGCUCCCGGGUGAGCCAUGCUCAGUAUAUGCUUCGCGUUGGUAUCAGGAUAUGGUAUUUGGGGGUCGUGAGGAUACACACUGCCCAGAGUGAUGCGAAAACCCUGGUUUCCCAACACAUCUCGCAUCCGUCUGUUGAAUAUUCCAGAUCCUGGACGGAAGUAAUUGUUGGGGAGGAUCUGACCGUUGGCGGCGUAUGCCUCCGUCAGCAUGUCCUUGACGAGGUGGACUUCCUCCAGCAGCUUUUCGUUGCUGAGUGACUUGGAGGGCUCAUCAUGCAUGGCAUGGUUUCCCAGCUCAUGCCCCUUUGCAACCAAUUUGACGAGCUUAUCCUUGCGACCCUCAACCUGAGAUCCUAUGACAAAAAAGGUAGCGUGGGCCUCAUUCUCCUCCAGGACUUGCAUGAUAUCAUCGGUGUGGGCGGACGGCGCAUCGUCGAUAGAUAGGGCGAUGAUCUUCUGGUCGGUGGGCUCUUCGAACAGGACGUCUGGGUACUUCCUCCGCAGCCAAUUGAUGAGGUAUCUCGGAGGUUUGUAGACGCAAUAGGCCGAGUAGAAGGGAAAGAUUAGGAGGCCAACGAGGACGACGAGGGCUAUAAGGGUAGCCAUGCGAUUACGCCUGACCCUGCGCCGCAGCUUGGUAGGCAGGCGGAAAAGGGGGAAUCGGGCCAUUGGAGCAUUGACUAGGUGGUCAACUGCGGCCGCAAGUCCCAGAAACGAGACUCUGUAGCCUGCACAUGCUCCCUCUUCUCAAGAGGGAGGGAGGAGGUUGGUGAUGGUUGUGUGGUGGUGUUGUAGAGAUUGGAUACAAAGAGGCCAGGAGGCAGCGAAAAGGGGACGAGCAUCAUGGUC